AUGGGCAACAGUGGCAUUUUCGGCUACAUCAACUACUUGGUGGAGAAGGACAGAAAGACGAUUCUCGACACGCUUGUGAAUGGUCUUGCGCGUCUCGAAUACCGUGGAUACGACUCAGCUGGUCUGGCGAUCGACGGAGACAAGAGAAAUGAAGUGUUUGCUUUCAAGGAGGUCGGCAAGGUCGCCAAGUUGAAGCAGCUCAUCGAGGAAGAGAAGCCCGACCUCACAAAGGUCUUUGACGCACACGCCGGUAUUGCCCACACCCGUUGGGCCACUCACGGUCCUCCCUCGCGUGUCAACUGCCACCCCCACAGAUCCGACCCCAAGUGGGAGUUCGCCGUCGUUCACAAUGGUAUCAUCACCAACUACAAGGAGCUGAGAGCUCUGCUCGAGACCAAGGGCUUCAAAUUCGAGACUGAGACCGACACCGAGGCCAUCGCCAAGCUGGCCAAGUACAUCUUCGACGAGCACCCCAACAUCGACUUCACCACUCUCGUAAAGGCCGUCAUCAAGGAGCUCCAGGGUGCCUUUGGUCUCCUGCUCAAGUCCAUCCACUUCCCCUCCGAGGUCGUUGCUGCCCGCAAGGGUUCUCCUCUGGUCAUUGGUGUCCGCACACAGAGAAAGAUGAAGGUUGACUUUGUUGAUGUUGAGUUUGGCGAUGCCGGUCCUCUCCCUGCCGAAGCUGCUUCGCAGAACGUUGCCCUUAAGAAGGCCAACAACCUCCUGGCUCCUCCCGACAAGAGCCUGCUUCACCGCUCUCAAUCGCGCGCCUUCUUCUCCGAGGACGGUGCUCCUCAGCCCAUUGAGUUUUUCCUGUCCUCCGACCCUUCGGCCAUCGUCGAGCACACCAAGAAGGUUCUCUACCUCGAGGACGACGACAUUGCCCACAUCCACGACGGUCAGCUGAAUAUUCACCGUCUGUCCAAGGACUCUGGCGCUUCCAACGUUCGUGCUAUUCAGACCAUCGAGAUCGAGCUCCAGGAGAUCAUGAAGGGCCGUUACGAUCACUUCAUGCAGAAGGAGAUUUUCGAGCAGCCUGAAUCCAUUGUCAACGCCAUGCGUGGUCGCCUCAACCUUGAGGACAAGACCAUCACUCUGGGUGGUCUCAAGCAGUACAUUACCACCAUCCGUCGCUGCCGCAGAAUCAUCUUCAUUGCUUGCGGUACUUCGUACCACUCGUGUAUGGCUGUUCGUGGUGUUUUCGAGGAGCUGACUGAGAUCCCCAUCUCUGUGGAGUUGGCUUCCGACUUCCUCGACAGACAGGCCCCUGUCUUCCGUGACGACACUUGCGUCUUCGUCUCCCAGUCUGGUGAGACCGCUGACUCUCUUUUGGCUCUCCGCCACUGUCUCGAGCGUGGUGCCUUGACUGUCGGUAUUGUCAAUGCUGUCGGUUCUUCCAUCUCUAUGAUGACUCACUGUGGUGUCCACAUCAACGCUGGUCCUGAGAUCGGUGUCGCAUCGACCAAGGCCUACACCUCUCAGUUCGUCUGCAUGGUUAUGUUCGCUCUGUCGCUCAGUGAGGACCGUGCAUCCAAGCAGGCCAGAAGAGAGGCCAUUAUGGAGGGCCUCGGCAAGAUUUCCGAGCAGUUCAAGGAGAUCCUCCAGCAGGACCAGGACAUCAAGAACCUGUGCCUCAAAUUCAAGAACCAGAAGUCCCUGCUCCUCCUCGGACGUGGUGCUCAGCACGCCACUGCUCUCGAGGGUGCUCUGAAGAUCAAGGAAAUCUCGUACCUUCACUGCGAGGCCGUCAUGUCCGGUGAGCUUAAGCACGGUGUGCUUGCUCUGGUCGACGAGUCUCUGCCCAUUGUCAUGAUCCUCACACGCGACAGCCUCUUCGCCAAGUCCCUUAACGCAUACCAGCAGGUCAUUGCUCGCAAGGGUCGUCCUAUUGUCAUUUGCAGCAAGAACGACAGCGAGUUCCCUGGUGACAAGACCGACAAGAUCGAGGUGCCCCAGACAAUUGACGUUCUACAAGGUCUGCUCAACGUCAUUCCUCUCCAGCUCAUGGCCUACUGGCUUGCCGUUGCUGAGGGUUUGAACGUCGACUUCCCCAGAAACUUGGCCAAGAGUGUCACUGUCGAGUAG